GGUGGAUAUAAUGGUGUGGAUGGUCAGGCUGGUUCAAAUGGCAUCGGUAGUGUGGGGAAAGAAUCCUCACAAGUUCGAAAUGGAGGCACAGGUGGACAGCCAGGUGAAUGCAACAGUAACGGCGGUAACUACCAUGGAGGAGUGGGUGCCGGUUGGUUUGGUCAAGGUUGUACCCGGCUGGGCACCUCCCAUGGGGAAAGAGGUGGAUCACGCGCUGAAGGCUGGAUCGGAGGUCAAGCCGGAGGUAUGAAUAGCGGUAAUAACGGGGGCCCUCCACCAGGAGCAGUUGGUGGGUUUGGUGGUGGGGGAGGUGGAUCAGAGGAUAAUGGUGCAUCAGGCGGAGGUGGUGGGUACUCUGGGGGAGGUAGCGGUACCCAUGCGAAACAAGCCGGAGGUGGAGGAGGCUCGUACUGUAAUGGCCAAGGUUGUUCCGGUUUGACUGGUGGGAACUCGAAUGAUAAUGGCCUUGUGCAAAUUGUAGAACUUUAGGGCUGAUUCCAAAACAUUUCUUGAGUAUAACAGUUAUUUUUCAAAAGCCGAAGCCAACACUUUCUCUUGUUGAAAGAAAAAAGUAUUCAAAAGGGACAAAUAGGUAUAACAUUUUGUUAAACGUCACUAAUCAGUGUUAUGGAAGUUUAUCAAGUUAUCUAGGUAGCUCAUCUAGAAUUUUCAUAACUCGUUUUCCUUUCAGCAAUCUAAAACGUGGUAAAGUGACGUCUGUUCUCGUUAUGUUAGGGCGUUUGUCAUGAGUACAGAUUUAUUAAAUAACUUAGAGAAAAGUUUGGUCAUACAAGUCAGCUAUAAGAUAUGAAGUAAUAAAAAAAAUACACAGGGUAAGACAUCGCUUAUAAGAGGUUUUGUAGUUUAUCGAUAAUCUAAAUAGUCCAUUUAUUGGAGUUUCCAUAACUCGUUUGCGAGCAUGGUAAUCAUUAAGACUUAAAAAGUGACUUUCGUAGAUAUUAUACCUAUAUUAUUGAUAUUUCACUCGAUAAAGCAAUAAUAAUAAAAAGGGUCUAAGAAUAUCACUAAA